GCCAUUGGAACCGCGCAGCAUGUCGGGAAACCUUUCCCCAUCAUGGCGGACCAGUAAGUUCGCGGACGUUGUCGGAUAGCACAUUCAGCGAUUGUUUGGUCCCGCACAUUUUCAGGACCGCGGUCAACUGGUAUUUUCUACAAAGGAACUGCCGACCAACACACACGAGUGUUGAGUGAGGGAGCAGCAAACCAGUGACAUUCAGAGGGUCUUGAACAAGACAGCGGCACAAUGGAAUGUGCAGUGGACAUCCCAUUAGGUGAGGAUGAGGCACCUGAGAAAGAUGACAUAAAUGCGAAGGAAGGGAAUGAGCCACCCCAUAAGAAAAACAAGAAGCACAGAAAACACAAAAGCAAGAAGAAGAAGCGGAAGAGGAAGGGUGAUAAGGAGAGCAGUUCAGAAUCUGGUGCUGAGUCCGAUGUAGAAUCACCACCUCAAUCGAAACCUGUUCGGACCACCAGAGCCAGUGCCAGACUGGCCCAAACUACAGGAGCUGGAGACCCUGCUGGGCUGAAGGAGGAGAGUAAAAGGAAUGUGAUUACAGAUCGUGUGGAUACAGAGGGAGAUACAAAAUCCAAAAAACACAAAAGACAUGCAGCCAAGAAGAAGAAAAAGAAGAGGAAGAAAGAUGAAAAGCAAGAAAAGAAAUCACCAUCGCACUCCCCAUCUGAAAGCAGCUCAGCUACAGGUUCAGAGUCUGAAGGUGAAGGAGGCAAAGGAGCUGGUGAUGCCAAAUACUCUCCAGCUGCAGCAUCUGACCUGCAAGAACCAUUUUCCAAACUGGGUUCAAAAAACAAACGAGGGGAGGAGACAGGAGUUCCCAUGCUCAUGCAGAAACCUGAAAUACUUGGAGUGAAGAAAGAGGAGAUUACAAAUAUGGAUAUGUCCCCAACUGGAGGGAAGGACAGCAACACCAACGGAUCUGAAAAGGAUAUGUCGCCAUCUGCUGGGCAGGUUGAGAUAACACAGACGGCGACAGUUCGGGUUAAGACAGAAGUUAGUCAUGGAGACGGUACAUUCAGCCAUGCCCAGGAACUGCCUGACAUCAUCCCAAAACAGGAAGGCGCUACCCCAAGAGAUGACCCAGGCCUGAAAGAUCAGGCCAGUUUGGUUCAGAGGGCAACGGUAAAGGAACACGAUGGAUCAAGGUCCAGGUCUCCUACCCCUUCCAGAGGAAUAAACAGAAAGAGAUCUGGGUCAAGUCCUAGUCACUCACCAACACCUAGUCCCAGUAGGCAGCCGUCUGGUGGUCAAACAGCAACAACAAUUAAAGAAGAGUCAAGAUCCAAUUCUAGGUCAACCUCGAAGGGAAAACAGUCUACAACUCCUUUAAUGAGUCGGCAGAUGUCCCGCUCCCAGUCCCCUAAAUCUCAAAGGAAGUCCCCCUCCCCAUUGCCCAAAUCUCCAAAGGGAGCAAGCUGUCAAUCCCGGUCCACCUCUCGCUCCCUCACCCCCAAGAAGAAGGUGUUAAAAUCUCCAAGAAAGUCCAAGUCCCCUAAACGUCGUAGAAAUUCCUCAUCUACUUCCCCAAAGCGACGCCGGAGUUCCCCCUUUCCAAAGAGAAAGGUUUCGCGAUCCCCUAAACGUGGUGGGCGCAGGUCCCCCUCUAUAUCUCGGUCUCCAAGAAGAAACCGAAGGUCAGAGUCACGUUCCCGUGGAGGCACUAGGCGCUCCAGGACUCGCUCACCCAGAAGAGGAGGUGCAGGUGGCAGGCGUUCAGGGUCACGCUCCAUCAAUCGAACACGUCGCUCCCGCUCUAGAUCUAAACGGCCUGCUCGUCGCUCCAGGUCACGGACACCAGCAAGACGUGCAGGAGGCAGGCGUUCAAAGAGUCGAUCCUUGUCUCGACGUAGGAGGUCACCACCCCCAAGAUCCCGUCACUCCCGCUCCCGGUCAAUCCGCAAGAGCAGGCGGUCUCGAUCACGUUCCAUUGUAGUCUCUAAGCGUGGCCGACGCUCCAGAUCCAGAAGUCCCCGCAAAUGGACCAAAUCUAGAACCCCUCCCUCCCGAAAGAGGUCAAAAUCCAGGUCACCGGUCAGAAAGCGUUCUCCUAGGUCUGGAAAACGCUCCAAAUCCCGCUCUUUGUCUCGAAGGCACCGGUCAAAGUCUCGCUCGCCACUACCUGGCAAGAAGAGGUCAAAAUCUCCCGAGAAGAUUGCGAGAAGGUCAAAAUCCCAAUCUAUCCCUGCCGACUUGAAGAGAUCCAGGUCUAGGUCUGAAUCAAGUGGUGAGCAGUCUGACAGCUCCUCGCCAGCCAGAUCACCAUCUUCCUCUCCUGUAAAAGUAAAGAUUCCUUCUCCUAAGGCAGAGGAGACAGCAGCAGAAAGUGAAGGACUUUCAGUAACAACAGGUGGUUGGAAACCUGUGCCCUCGGUAGCUGCCGCCAGCCCCCAAGCGGGAAGCUCCUCAGAUAAAUUGCAGGAGCAGCUUGCUCCUAACAACGACGUGGUGCAGAAGGAACGCACCAGCUCAUCCAACGAAAAAGAUGGUUCCAGGUCUGGUUCCCAAGAGCCUAACCCAGGUGGGUCAGAUUGUUCCGAAGGCUCUGAUGAAGAACGGGAUUCUACCUCUCCAGUUAAAAUUACAUCUAAAUGCCAGAGAAGCUCCUCAGUUUCAGUCUCUCCUGAAGUGCAGAAGAAACAGUUGUCAAAGUCACCGUCACCUAUCGGCCGAAGGAAACUUUCACGCUCAACCUCAUCCCCUCGACGAUCAACAUCCAAGUCUAAAUCCAAAAGGAAGCCAUCCAGGUCCAAGUCUCCAUUGAAGAAAAGACAAUCUGUUUCUCCUUCAGACAGGAAGAAACGAAGGUCUAAAUCUCCCGCCCGGCGGCGGCGGUCACGCUCCCGCUCCGCCGCACGCCGUAAGCAAUCAGGCUCGAAGUUGCGAAACAAAACCCGUCGGUCCAAGUCUCGCAGUCCAGCCCGCAAGAGGCGAUCCCGAUCACCCAAUGCUCGAGGGAGGAGGAGGUCCAAGUCCCCAGACAGGAACAAGCGAUCAAAGAGCCGCUCCAUAGGCCGAAGGAAAAGGUCUAGGUCAAUAGACAGAAGCAGGCGCUCUCGGUCUCGUUCCUCUGAUCGCAGACGCAGGUCUAGAUCGAGGGGUCGAGGGAGGCGUCCAGUGUUUCGUAGUCGUUCGUUUGAUAGACGGGACAGAUGGAAGAGGGAACCUAGCCACUCUCCAGUUCUUAUUCUUCGGAAACAACGUCGCUCAGGGUCCCGGACACGUCGCAGCACCAGCAAGACUCCUCCAAGGCUCACUGAACUGGAUAAGGACCAGCUGCUGGAGAUAGCCAAGGCUAACGCUGCUGCCAUGUGUGCUAAGGCGGGGGUUCCCAUUCCUGAGAGUCUUCGGCCAAAAGCCAUUCUCCAGCUCCCUCUACCCACUCCAUCUCCUACCCCCCUCUCCUUACCUCUACCUUUACCGCUUCCAAUGGGCAUGGGGAUGGCCAACAUGCAGAAUAUGUCUAACAUGGGUCCAUUGGGCUUAGGCAAUAUCCCGGGAAUGCCCAACAUGUCAAACAUCACCAUGAGUGCUGCUAUGGCGAGUAUGACGGCAGCAACUAUGACAGCUGCCUUGACCAACAUGGGUGCACUGGCGGCCAUGCCUCCCCUUGCCCCACUUCCUACCAUUACUAACAAGCCUCCACCAUGCCUCGCUCCUCCAACGCCAACUCUUAACCUGGACCACAUUGAGGAAGCAAAGAGGAAGGUCACGCAGCAGGCUAACAUUCACACCAUCAAGGAGCUUACUGAGAAAUGCAAGAUGAUUGCAAAUAGUAAGGAGGAGAUGGCCAUUGCUAAACCUCAUGUCUCAGAUGAUGAAAGCUAGAAUCGCCAGGUCUUCAUGCCUCCGAAGGACUGAAGGAAAUUGUAAAAAAAAAAUAUUUUCAAGAGGACUUCCCUAUCCACAGUUUCCUUUGUCAGCCGGAUAACCUGAGUCAUAAACUACCAGGAAGAAGAAGAAGAGCACCGUAGUUGUCACAGUUAUAAUGUAGGAGUACCGGCACCAGCCACUGCCCCACUCUGCUCCCCUGUUUCUUUCUGUGUGUGAGAGAGAGGGCGUGAGUCAGGCAGACUGUAACCUGUGAUACCACUGAGAAAACUGGAUACACUGACAUGUGUGCACAGUUGUAUGACUGUACAGUGUGUGUGAAAGUGUGUGUAUAUAUUGACUUUCACCACCAACCCCUCAGUGUUGCUGCUUGCUCAAGCAGUCGUCGUCGAUAAGACUGAAGAGGAAACAAACCAAACUAACUAGUGGCUCAAGUGUUUUUUGUAAAAGAUUAGUUUCUCUAAAUUAGUUUUACUUUCAUGAUUUUAUGCUAAGGAUUGUGUUGAGUGGAGAUUGCUUCCCUUGUUCUGCUGUAUUCCCUUGGUUACCUCUUCUCCCUGGUUUUAUUAAUAAAUAAUGUAGACAAAGUUUUGGUUGAUCCUCACACGUGAGUUGUUUUCAUGGUCUCCAGGGCAAGAGAGUGCCAACAUGUGUCCUGGAACAGAUGCCAGAGCUGAUUAUUGUGAUAGAUGGGAAUAAAUGAAUAUAUUGGCUGCAAAAAUAAGGUUUUGGAAUUUAGUUCAAAGAUUACUGUAUCCAUUUACAAAGCUAAUUCAGUUCUGCCCUGGGUGUGAAUUAUUUUACCCAUAUUUUAAAUGAGCAAAUCUUUGACUCUAACCUGGUCUUUCAUCUUUGCUUUAUUAGGAUUUCCUCAGAUGUGGAAACAUGUUUCCUGUAUAUUUGAAAGGUUGUUUCAUCUCUCAUCUGCCACCAUGACAUGCAUUCUCCUGGGUUUUGCAGAAGACAUGUUAUUUAAGAUGCACAGGGCAUGUCGUAUAUCAGUGUCAGACCAUGAUGCCAAUUUAACACUUGAAGAAAUAUUUCUUAAGUCUGUCAAACAUUUGUUGUCUGGGUUUGACGUUCAGAGCAGGUGACGUUCGAAAGAAUUGCUGGUUGUGCCAACCAUAACACUUGACCCUAGUAUAAAUCCAGAUUAAGAUCAAAAUUAUGAAUUAAAUUGUAUAAAUCCACCAGGUUUUUGAUAUUCCCCAAAAAGAUGAUAAUGCAACUUGAUUCUCUUAAUGUAGGUGAUUAUUACUUGUUUAGAAGAUUUUUUUAUGUUUUACUGCGUGACAUUAGAAACAGGUAUCAAGUACACUUUAGACACCCUUGUCGGUUCGGCUGUUUACUUGAUUAAUACAUAAAUUCCACUGGUGCCAUUUUUAGAGGCACACACGAAAACAUGUUACUACAAUGGAGGGGGUGACAAAUUACUGAUUGUGGUUAUAGGGGUGAAUGAUGAAACCUGAGUAUUUCCUGAGUUGUAACGCUGUUAAAUGUGUUUAUGUCAAGACAAUCAGGUUCUUUGUCUCGAGUUUUUUUUUUUGCAAAUCUGAUCAUCUUGCAGCGUUGUAUUCAGGCGGCAAAUUUGGGAUUUGUCUUAGAGAAGAGAAAAUGUAGUAUGAAAAACCCAACAAGCCUUUUUCAUUUAAUCCAAUGAUACAGUUAAUAUCUUCUUUACAUGUAGAUACUGUCAGGCCUGCACUAGGUAAUUCGUUAGAGCUGAGUAAACAGGAUCCAUGUUUCACAGUAAACCUUCAUCCCAUUGGUUAGCUGAAGGACAAAGACGAACUUGGUGCUUUUGUGGAAAUUGUGUUUUUCUGUUUUUUUUCCCCCCAUAACUCCAACCAUUUAGCUUCAUCAGAGGGGGAAAUAUUUCUGGAUCCGUCCUCCCAUGUCGUUUUUCUAUAACCAGGGCUUUUUAACCAUGGAAGAUGAUCUGUGACGGCUUUGUCAAACUGUACCUAUACAGACUCUGCAACACAAAUAUUGUUGGACUGAUUCCCUGCGGUAUCUUAAAACUGUUUUAAUGACAAAAAAAAGGAUUUUUUUUUUUUUAGGGAGUCAGUUCAAUAGGACAUUGCUUGCUUUGUACAUAAAUGUGUUACAGUUAUUAAAAAUCUCAAUGAUCUGUA